UGUUUAUGGCUGAUUGCUGCAGCGAAUCAUUACACUGUCAAUUUUUAAAAUAAACUUUUCAGCUAUAAAAUGAAAUGAAUGACCUAUUGAACGAUGUAUGCACGAUCUACAGAUACAUCGGAGUUAUAUCAACGUUAUUGUUAAUAAUGACAAUUUAAAAUAGAAUCUACGCUCCGUUUAAUACUUGGUGUUUGAAUUUAAUGAAAUGAAGCAGACUAGAUAGCUCAGUUGUCCGUUUCUGAAAUCCGGUUUCUCACGAGAAAAACAUCACUCCACGUGUUUCCUCAGUGCGAAAUGAAUGAAGAAAGUGCCUUCAAACGUUUGGUCAAACUCACUCAGGACGGUCAGUUGGACCUGAUCAAGAAGGAAAUCGAAGAGAAUGAAACGGUUCUGCACUCCAUCAAGAAAAAACAUUUUGGGAAAUCGGGCGAUACGCUGUUGCAUUACGCAGCCCGACAUGGACACUUAGGUGUUCUGAGAUUUUUUGUGGAAGAUGCGGGGAUGGACGUGGAACUCUACAACCACGAUUACAAGAGGGCUUUGCACGAAGCCGCGUCCAUGAGUCAGGAACAGUGCCUAUCUUAUCUCAUCGCCAAAGGAGCCAAAAUAGAUCCAUUGAAAAAGGCUGAUUGGACGCCGCUGAUGAUGGCGUGCACCCGGAGCAGCGUGCCCGUCGUCAGCGCGCUGCUGGCCCACGGCGCCAAUCCGGCGCUGCAGAACAAAGACGGCUGGAACAGCUUCCACAUCGCCUGCCGAGAGGGCCACCCCGCCGUCGUGCAGCGCCUCCUGGAGGCCAGUCCGGGCGUGUGGCGCACAGAGAGCAGGACCCUGAGAACGCCGCUGCACACAGCAGCUCUGCACGGCUGUGAAGAUGUGGUUCGCAUCCUGUUAGACAGAUGUGGUUACCAGCCCGACUGCAGGGACAGCUGUGGAGUCACUCCCUUCACAGACGCUGUGCGGACCGGAAGCGUUGCGGUCGCCAGACUGCUCCUGGAUAAACAUCAGGCCUCCCCAUCUGCAGCAGAUUGCCUUGGAGCUCAGCCGCUGCAUCAGGCCGCCCUGACUGCCCAGGAGGGGGCGCUGCGCUUCCUAGUGGAGGAGCUGGGUGUGGAUGUGAACUCCAGAGCCACCGACAUGCAGCUAACGGCCCUGCACUACGCCGCUAAGGAAGGUCACGCGAGCACGAUAAAAACCCUCCUGGAAUUAGGAGCCGACCUUCAUGCAAGGGACAGAAAAGGAAGGACAGAAAACCCCAUUUCUGUCCCAGCCCUCCACUCGGCCUGUGCGGGACAGCAGGCGGACGCCACACGAGCUCUCCUCCUGCUCGGACUCCGGGACACGCAGGACGCCUCCGGGACGACGGCCAAUCAGCUCGCUAGGAAGCAGGACGUGCUCGCGGCCUUCGACUCCCACGCCCCGGAAUCCUAA